AUGGCGCCGCCGCCCGCGUCGCCUGCUGACUCGGCUCCUGAUCCAAGGCCCAUCGCCAGCGCGCCCGUGCCCAUCACCGUGCCGAGCCCGCGGGACCACACGCACCACCACCACCACCACCUGGUCGAUCGUCGGGACACGCCGCGGGGCCGCGCGUGGGACUGGGAGCCGGAGCGGAACCGGCGCGGAGAGGCGAUGGACGGGGCUGCAGCAGUCAAGCAGGUGUCCGGUGAGGCCGGGUACGUCUUGGAAGACGUGCCGCACGUGUCGGACUACCUCCCCGAUCUCCCGACCUACCCAAAUCCAUUACAAGAUAACCCGGCAUACUCUGUUGUGAAGCAGUACUUUGUAAACCCAGAUGACACCGUCUGCCAGAAGAUUGUUGUUCACAAGGAUGGCCCAAGAGGGAACCACUUCCGUCGUGCCGGACCUCGCCAAAGGGUAUAUUUUGAACCGGACGAGGUCCAUGCAUGCAUUGUUACUUGUGGAGGACUGUGCCCUGGACUUAAUACUGUUAUUAGGGAAAUUGUAUGUGGCUUAUCUGACAUGUAUGGUGUCACCAAGAUACUUGGGAUUCAGGGUGGGUACAGAGGCUUCUAUGCUCGCAACACCAUCACCUUGACUCCAAAGAGUGUAAAUGACAUUCACAAAAGGGGUGGAACUAUUCUCGGAUCAUCUCGAGGAGGCCAUGACACCGUGAAGAUAGUUGACAGUAUCCAAGAUCGUGGCAUAAAUCAGGUCUAUGUAAUUGGUGGUGAUGGUACUCAAAGGGGUGCUGGAGUGAUAUUCGAAGAAGUUAGAAGACGCGGUCUCAAAGUUUCUGUUGCUGGCAUUCCAAAGACCAUUGACAAUGACAUCCCUGUAAUUGACAAGUCAUUUGGUUUCGACACAGCAGUCGAGGAGGCUCAACGUGCAAUAAAUGCUGCUCAUGUGGAAGCUGUAAGUGCUGAGAAUGGUAUAGGUCUUGUCAAGCUAAUGGGCCGGCACAGUGGUUUUAUCGCACAUUAUGCUACUCUGGCUAGCAGGGACGUGGAUUGUUGCUUGAUCCCAGAAUCACCAUUCUAUCUGGAAGGUGAAGGUGGACUUUUUAGAUAUAUAGAAAAACGUUUGAAGGACAAUGGUCAUAUGGUUAUUGUUGUUGCUGAGGGUGCUGGACAGAAACUUAUUGCUGAAACCAUGCAGUCAAUUGGGAAAGAUGCUUCAGGCAAUGAGCUGCUUCUUGAUGUUGGUCUUUGGUUAUCUCAGAAGAUAAAUGAAUAUUUCAAGAAAAACAAGAUGACCAUUAAUCUGAAGUACAUAGAUCCAACUUACAUGAUACGUGCCAUCCCUAGCAAUGCUUCUGAUAAUGUCUAUUGCACACUGCUGGCUCACAGUGUGGUCCAUGGAGCCAUGGCUGGAUAUACUGGAUUCACCAUUGGUCAAGUGAAUGGUCGGCAUUGCUAUAUUCCCUUCUAUAGGAUAACAGAGAAGCAGAACAGAGUUUCGAUAACUGACAGGAUGUGGGCAAGGCUUCUCUCUUCGACCAACCAGCCAAGCUUCCUCUGCAACAAAGUCGUCGAAGAGGCAAAGAAGGAACAGGAAAGGGCAGCCCAACUAUUAGAUGGCUCGCCUUCCCAUCGGAAGGUUGACGAGAAGGUUCCAGCUUCCAACUUGGGUGGUACCAAGUGA